AUGCUUGUCGUUAUAACGAUUAUUUACGUGGCGCAACACUCUGACAGCAUCUCGGAAAAGCAAUUAUUUUACAAGAUGUUUAAGGCCUUCGGGUCCAAGAAAGAGAAGUUCGAGUUUCGGUUUAGGUUUCAUGCUACUCGGGUGCCGGCGACGGGGUUCGAAAGGCUGGUGGUGUCGUUGAUUCCGGUGGACACGGGGAAACUCGAGGGUCAGACGCCUAAGGGAGUGGUGAAGAACGGCACGUGCACAUGGACCGACACCGUCACCGAGGUCACUCGACUCGCCAGGAAUCCAAAAGGGAAAGGCUACGAGCAGAAGGUGUACCGGUUUAUCGUGUCGACGGGCUCCACGCGAGGCGGCAUUCUGGGCGAGGCAACGCUGAACCUUGCGGACUUUGCAGGCUUUAACCAGCUCGACCAACGCGCGCUGCCACUCAAGUACUGCCCUGCAGGCACCGUGCUGCAUGUGAGUGCCCGUGCCCUGGCGUUUCCUUCUUGUUUAUACUUUCUUAUCAGCACUGCGCUAUCCUUCUGUCCUUCUCAUUCUGCGUGCUCAUCUCUGCGUUUCCUCAUGUUUGGGCGCGACCCUUCCCCCGCACGCGUGCAUGCGCAAGGGGCGGAACCAAAGGAUGCGGGGAAGGAGAAGCAGCAUGGGGCGGUGAGAGUUAGGUCUCAGUCUAGAGGGAGGGAGAGAGAGAAGGAGAAGGAGAGGGAGAAAGAGAAGGAGAGGGAGCGGGAAAGAGAAAAGGAGAGAGAAAGGGAGAAGGUAAGGGAAAGGGAGCGGGAGAAGGAUAGGUAUAGGGAAAGGGAUGAAGAUAGGUACAGAGACAGAGAGAGGGAACGAGAAAGGGGCGGGGACAGGUACAGGGAGAGAGAAAGAGAGAGAGACAGGAGCAGAGGUAAAGAGCGGGAGAGAGAGAAGGAAAGGGAGAGGGAGAGGGAGCAUGAGGAACGUGAGAGGCUUAGAGAAAGAGAGAAGGAGCAACGAGAGAGGCUAAAGGAACGGGAACGGGAGAAAGAAAGGGAGAGGAGGGAAAAGGAGAGAGAAAUGGAGAGGGAGAGGGAGAGGGAAAGAGAAAGGGAGAAGGAGGCGGAGAAAGAAAGGGAGCGCGAGCGGGAAAGGGAGCGGGAGCGAGAGGCUAAGGAGAAAGAGAAGCAGCGGGAGCUGGAGCUGGCAGCAAAGGAGAGGGAGCGGCAGAGACAGGAGCAGGAGGAGAGGGAGAAGGAGAUGGAGCGGGAGAGGGAGAAGGAGAGGGAGCGGGAAAGGGAGCGGAAGCGGCAGGAGCAGGAGCGGCAGCGAAAGCUACUGGAGGAGCAGCAGAGGGAGGAGAUGCGGCAGGCGGAGGAGGAGUUGGAGGAGGAAGCAAGGCGGGUGAGAAUGGAACGCGAGUGGCAGCGGCAGCAGCGGGAGGAGGUGCGGCGGCGGCAAUACGCCUUAGACUCGGCCUCAGACGGAACCUCCCAGGGGGGCAUGCCGGAUGCCUUGUCCCCUGCGCUCACCCCGUCCGUGGGAGCGACUGGGAUGGAGUACACAGGGCUGGAGGGGAGCGAGUAUGGGGAGCGGACACCAGGGGAGAUGACUGGGGAGAAUGAGUAUACAGACGAGCUGCAGGAGAUGCAGUCGCCUGGAGUAAUGGGGUCUAUGGGGGGUGGUGGUGGUGGUGGUGGUGGGGGAGGUGGGGCUCCUAUGACUGGCAUGUCGCCGCGUGGGGCGCUGGGAAGCUGGAGCGCCAUGUCGCCCGUCCCUGCUGGUCCCAUCCCCGACGGGUUCAGCCCCUUAGGCUCUGUGGGAAGCUCGCUGACAAACCCGCUAGGGGCAGUGCACGGGCGGGGCGGAGGGGCCGCGGUUGUGAGGGAUUACCCGGCGGAGCUGGCGGCGGCGGAGGCGGCUAUAGAGGAGCUGCAGCGGGACUGCGUGAAAUACCAGCUGAACGCGCGGAAUCUCACGCGGGAGGUUGAGAGCCUGAGGAGCCAGCUAGCUGAGGCGAUUACUCAGGACCAGAGGGCUGAUAUUGCGAUUGGGGAGUUGAAAGGGGAGAGGGAUCAGCUUCAGGAGGAGUUGAAUCAGCUGCGGAUGGGGCGGACAGGCGGGGAAAUGGGCGGCGGGGGGAUGGGGGAGGGGAGCGAGUGGAGCAUGGGCGGACCCGGGGGCAUGCGCGGCGGGAUGGGGGGCGGCAGGGAGGUGGAAAUGCUGAUGGAAGAGGUGGAGUAUCUGAAAGGCACGGUUGAUAGCUUAUCAGCGCAGCUGGAGGUGUUUCAGCGGGACAAUGUGGAGCUGUCUAAGUCGCUAGAGGAGGCGGAGAGGGAGGCGGGGAAGUACAGGCGGGACGCGGAGGAAUUGUUUGAGGAUAGGCGGGAGGCGCAAGCGGUGGCGAAGCGGCUGCAGAAGCAGAUGGAGGAGAAGGAGGCGGAGUGGGGGAGGCGCCUGGCGGAGCUCGCGCAGGGGAACGGCGGGAUGGACGGGCGCGCGGGGCUGGUUCCGCGGAACCUGCGGGAUGAACUGGAGCUGGCGACAGAGAGCGAGGGGGAGGUGCGGGGCGGCGGAGGCAAUAAGCGGUACGCGGGGUAUGACGGGCAGGAGAGCAGUGGCACGGCGGGGAUGACUUGCGAUGAGAGCUUGCUGAUGGAGCUCCAGCAGAAGGUGGAGGAACUGGAGAAGGAAGCACAGGAGCUGACAGCAGAGAGUCUUGAGUUAGCUACGGAACUGAACACGGCGAAUAAGGAAGCGGAGCAGAAGGAUGUGUUGAUUGAGCAGCUGAAGCAGGAGCUGGUCGCGGCGAGGGGGGGGAGAGGCCUCCCGGCGAGUAUAGCGCAGCUGCUACAGGCAAAGCCCAAGCCGAAGCCGUACCAGCCCGUGCAGCUAAGGCAGCAGCGUCCCACGCCGCCUCCGCCUCCUGCUCCCCCUGCCCCCUGCCUGUGCCCGAAGUGCUCUGAGCCCUCCGCGCCUGCGCUCUGCCCCAAGUGUACCCCCCCUCCCCCGCCCCCGCCCCCGCCUGCGGAACCAUCUCCGCCCCCGCCCCCUCCCCCUGCUCCUGUAGAGGAACCUAAGAGAGCAGAGGUCGCGGUGAGGGCUGUGAGCAGUGAGGGCGGUAGCAGCGUGUCCGAGGAAGAUGCGCGGAAGCUGCAGGCGCGCGUGCAGGAGCUGCUGGAGCAGCUGCGGGUGCAGCGGGGGGAGGCGCAGACGGCCAAGGAGGAGGUGGUUCAGCUGCGCAGCAAGGUGCGCGUCGCUGAAAUGGCCACUCAGAGGGCGAAUGACAGGCUUAGUAUCUUAGAGGAGUAUGAACGGAGGGCUAGGGAGGUGGAGGCGGAGCUGGAAAGUACCAAGAAGCUGCUGGCAGCGGGGCGGCGGGCGAGGGAGGAGGCGGAGAGGAGGCAUGAGCUAGAGGUGGAGCAUUUGAAGGAGGCCAGGGCGGAUGUGGAGAGUCAGUUGACUAGGUAUGUGGAGGAGGUGGGGCGGCUCGAGAAGAAGUGUGCUGAUGAGGGGCAGGCAGGGAAGGAGCUGAGUGAGAGAUUGGCUGAGGUGCUGGAGAAUGGGGUUGGUGGGAUUAAUUUGGAGGAUUCUGCUAGUCUGGCUGCGAGGGCAGAGGGGUUGGAUGCUGCUGGGAAGGUGGCUCUGCUUGCUGAGGUGGCGUCUAAGUGGCGUGCGCGGGCCGCUGAGCUGGCGAAGGAGAAGGAGAAGCUGCGGGAGGAGAAGGAUGACGUGGAGGGGAAAAUGGAGGAGCUGGAGAAGGGGAUGGGGUCGUGGCGGAGCGAUAGGGCGGGGUUGGAGAAGCAGGUACGACUGCUGGAUGAGGGGAAGAGACUGGCUGAGUCUCGGGUUCAAGAGGUAGAGCUACAGCUGUCUGCCAUGCAGGAGCUUCUAGAUGAUGCCAAGGCGGAUUCUGCUGCUGCUGUGAGGCGCAGCAACGGCGGUAUGAGCUCCAGUGAGGUGGAGGAAAUGAGGGAAAGUAAUCAGAAGGCGAGGAGGCGGAUUGUGGAGCUUGAGGGGCAGGUGAAGGCGCUAGAGACGAGGCUAGCCGAGUGGGAGGUGAGGGAGCUGUCUGGUUUGGGCGGUGGGGAUCGGCGUGGGAAGAGCAAGGAGCUGGAGGAGGCUCGGAAGAGGGUUGCCGAGCUUGAGGCGGAGGUUCGGAAGGUGGCUGGGGAGUCCGGGGCGGGGAAGAGGGAGGUGGAGAUGAGGGUGUUGCGGCUGGAAGGGGCGUGUGGGAAGCUAGAGGCGGAACUGCAGGAGGCGAAUACGGGGAAGAGGAGGGCAGAGGAGAGGGUAGCAGAGGUGCAGGCUCAACUGGUGGUGGUGACAUCUGAGGCCAAGGCUGAGGCAGGGAGAGCCAAGGAGCUUGAGGGGCGGCUGCAGAGGGCGGAGGCGAGGGAAGGGGAGUUGAUGAGCGAGGUGCAGGGGCUUGAGGGACGGUUGAAGGAGAUGGAGCGGGAGAAGGAGCGGUUUAGUCGGGUGCUGGGGCAGGAGGAGGCGAAGCGGGAGGCGGCAGAGGCGAGGGCGGCAGCAGGGGAGGCGGCGGGGGAGAGGGUGAGGGAGCAGAUGGGGAGGGACCUGGCGAGGAUGAAAGAGGUGGAAGCGAAGCUGACAGCCCGGUUGCAAGGGGUGGAGAGGGAUAGAGAUGAAGCAAAGGCGAGGGCGGGCAAGGCGGAGGAGGGGCAGAGGCGGGAGAAGGAGGAGCGACAGGCGGCUGUAGCACGGCUACAGGCGGAGGUUCAGCUUCUGACUGAGCAGCUAUCCGCGUCCGUGAGCGCGAGUGGUAACCUGAGAAGAGAGAAUACGAGUGCGGUGGAGGCGGCUGAGCUGAGAGCGGCUAAAGGGAAGCUGGAGGACCGGUUGAGGCGGGCGGAGGCAGAACUGAGGGAUGCGAUAGCUGAGAGGAACAAGGCGGAGCUUGAAGUGGAGAGCCAGAGGCGGGCUGUGGCUGCGGAGAAGGCUGCGGCGCGCAGUAGGGAGGCCGCGUGGGCGGCUGAGGCGGAGGGGUUGAAGAGGGAGGCUGCAGAGGCGGCGGAAGCGGUGGUGAAGCUUAGGGGGGUUGAGGAGGAGAGGGAUGAGCUGGUGAGGCAGUUGGGGGAGGCGGAGGCGGGUGUAAAGCGCCUGGAAGCGGUGAGGGAGGAGCUUGAGGGGGAGAAGCGGACGCUGUUGGCUCAGCAGGGGAUCAUGGCUGCGAAAGUGAAGGAGUUGGAGCGGGUUAAGAGCGAUUUGGUGGCAGUGCGGACGGAGAAACAGGUGCUAGAGGAGAGGAGGCUUACACUGUCGCUCAAACUCGCUAAGAUGGAGGAGGGGUUGAGUGAACUGGAGGAUUUGAGGGCUAAGCACGUGGUGCUGGAAGGGGAGGUGGGGGAGUUGGCGGCUAAGGCGGAGGAGGUGGUGGGGUUGAGAGAGGAGAAGAAGCGGUUGGAAGGAGUGGUGAGGGAUUUGGAGGAGCGGGUGGAGCAGCUGGCGAGUGUGUCUGGGGGGGUUGGGUCUGCGGGUGGAGGGGGUAGUGGGGGAGGAGGGGCUGGGGCAGCGGUUGCAAGUGCGUUGGCUGAGGAGGUGCGGCAGCUGAAGCAGCAGAAUGGGGAGCUUAAGAAGCAGUUGGCGGAGGUCAAAGGGGAGGGGGAUGGGGCGGUGGGUGUGGUCGCUGGGGGACUGGGCGCUGUGGGCAUUGGUAGCGCAAUGAAAGGCAGGCCAAUGGGGGGAGGCGGAGGGGGGAUGAUGGGCGGGGGAGGGGGCGGGGCGUUCGCGCGAGGUGGGCGGGCCGGGGGGAUAAUGGCGGCGCGAGGGGGAGAGGGCGGGGCGGAGAGGCAGGUGGAGGAGCUGAGGAAGCGAACGAUGGCUCUGGAGGGCGAGCUGCAGCGCAAGGCAGAGGCGCUGGCUGCUGCUGAGACACAGCUGGAGACCGCCAGGCAGGCUGCAACUGGGGGAGGUGGCGGGAUGGAGAGCCAAGUCGGCAAGCUAGAGGACCAGGUCCGGUCGCUGGAGCAAUCUUUGGAGAGCAGCAGGGCGACAGCAGAGGCGAGGGAGCGCAGUUUGACAGAGCGGCUGGAGCAGCUGGAGGCAGCCAACGAGCUGCUGGGGAGCAAAGGAGACACCGCCACUGCCAGGCUGAACCAGGAGUUGCGCAAGGCACAGCAGCAAGUGGGGGAGGCGCGAGUGAGGGAGGCGGAGCUGCGGUGUGCGCUGGCAGCCCUCAAAGGGACCGGCACUGAGGCACACGCACAGGAGGACCCUCGCAAGGCGGCGGCACAACGCAUGGCGAGUGGUGUGGCGGAGAGAAUGGCGAUUCUCGAGACAGAGCUGGCAGAGGCGCUGGAGGCAAACAACCGCUACAAGGAGCAGCUCAAACGAGCAUUGGCAAGUUCUGGAGCAGCAGACAGCAGCGCAGCACAGCAAUCACAUGAGGGUGAGCUGGCAGCAAGGCUUGCUGACAUGGCAGCACAAUUGGAGGAGUCGAGGCGGGCGGCACAGGCAGCAGAGGGUGAGCUGGCACAGUUGAGGGUGGAGCAUGAGGCAGUUGCUGCCAGGCUGGCACAGGCUGACGUGGACAAGAAGGGGGAGAGAAGGAUUAAAGGAGAGGUCGAGCGGAAAGCUGAGAAGAAGGAUGAGAAGAAUAGGGAUGAGAAGAAAGAGGAGAAGAAGAGGGAGGAGAGGCGGUUGGGUUCAAGGCCUGCCAGUCCAAGAAGCAAGGUGGGGGGGAUUGUGAGCAGCACAACCACGCCUGCCAGUGCGAGUGCUGCCAGGCUGGGCAGAAGCAGCAGCUCCAGAGGCAUGGGUGUCGUCUAA